GGAGUGUCGCAGUGGUGAAAAAAAAUGGAUUCAAUAGAAGGCUGGGAUUUUCUGGAUUAUAGUUUCAUCGAAACAAAUACAUCUACGGAUGUAUUUUUGCCCAAUUACAGUGGUAGAGAAAUUGAAUUCUCAUCCGGAAAUGCUGUGCAAGAGAAGGGAUUCGUCGAUGGAGAUUGCGCGGGGAAGAUGCGACGCAAUGGAUCAUGCAGCAAGCUAGGGACAAAAGCAUGCCGUGAGAAAUUAAGACGAGAGAAAUUGAAUGAAAGGUUUGUGGAUCUAAGCUCUAUUUUAGAGCCCGGGAGACCUGCCAGGACUGAAAAAUCCGCAAUACUAGAUGAUGCAAUUAGAGUUUUGACCCAACUAAGAACCGAGGCUCAGGAGCUCAAAGAAACAAAUGAAAAGCUAUUGGAGGAAAUAAAAAGUUUAAAGGCUGAGAAGAAUGAAAUUCGUGAUGAGAAGCUUGCACUGAAGGCACAUAAAGGAAAGAUAGAGCAGCAGCUGAAAACAAUGACUGCCUCACCAGCUGGGUAUCUUCCUGCUCACCCAGUUGGGUAUCAUGCUGCAGCAAACAAGAUGGCAGUUUUUCCGGGUUAUGGUUUUGUCCCAAUGUGGCAAUAUUUACCUCCUUCAGUACAUGAUACGUCUCAAGAUCAUGAGCUUAGGCCCCCAGCAGCGUAGUGUGCUUUUCUUCAUUUUAUAAACACUGGGACAAUCUCAAAUAUGUUUGAGUAUCCUCCCAUGAUUUUGGCCUUGGCUGAUCGGUAAAUAUUCGUUUUUUGAAUACUGUGAAUUGGUGUAACUUGUUUUUGGAGUUUGAUCAAGUUAGGCCAACCCACAGCAUAAUUUUUCUUAUGAAAUUUAUGUUUGGGGAUGUGAAGAAAUGACAACGAUAUUCUACGCAAAUUAUUAUCGAAGAUUACCACCAGAUUUUUGUAUUUUAACCAGGAAAACAAGAGAAUAAAAAGGGGAGGAACAGCUACAGGGAGC